AUGAGAGGAGCGAAGGCGGUUUUUCUCAUUUUGUUUUUCGGCCAUCUCUCCGCCUUACCCGACACUAUACGCAUUGGCGGUCUAUUUCACCCCGAGGAUGAUAAACAAGAGGUUGCGUUCCGAUACGCAGUGGAGAGGGUUAACGCCGACCGAGCGGUGUUGCCACGAGCGAAAUUACUGGCUCAGGUAGAAACAAUAUCGCCUCAAGAUAGUUUCCACGCUUCUAAAAGAGUGUGUCACCUACUUCGGAGCGGAGUGGCAGCUAUCUUCGGGCCACAAUCGGCGCCCGCCGCGGCGCACGUCCAAUCUAUAUGUGAUACAAUGGAACUACCCCACUUGGAAACCAGAUGGGACUAUCGAACGAGGCGGGAGUCCUGUCUAGUUAACUUAUAUCCACACCCAGCUGCACUUAGCAGAGCCUACGUAGACCUCGUCAGGGCCUGGGGGUGGAAGUCGUUUACCAUAGUAUACGAGAACAGUGAUGGCCUGGUCCGACUUCAAGAGUUAUUAAAAGCCCAUGGGCCAUCGGAAUUGCCUGUUGCGGUCAGACAACUGCCGGACUCACACGACUACAGGCCGCUAUUAAAGCAAAUUAAGAAUUCAGCUGAAUCCCACAUAGUUCUCGACUGCGCCACGGAUAGAAUAAGGGAUGUUUUGCAACAAGCGCAACAGAUUGGAAUGAUGUCGGAUUACCAUAGCUAUCUUAUAACCUCCUUAGACCUUCAUAGCGUAGACUUGGAAGAAUUUAAAUAUGGCGGCACAAAUAUCACGGCACUAAGAUUACUUGAUCCUGAAAGAGCUGAAGUGCAAAGAGUAGUCCGAGAUUGGGUUUAUGACGAAGCGAGAAAGGGAAGAAAAUUACAACUGGGACACACUUCAGCUAAGACCGAGACAGCUCUCAUGUACGACGCUGUCCAUUUAUUCGCGAAGGCACUACACGACCUUGAUACAUCCCAACAAAUCGAUGUUCGACCAUUAUCUUGCGAGGCGGAGGACACGUGGCCUCACGGAUACAGUCUCAUCAAUUAUAUGAAAAUUGUGGAAAUGAAAGGUUUGACCGGAGUUAUAAAGUUCGACCAUCAAGGUUUUCGCAGUGACUUUACCCUUGACAUAAUAGAGCUCACCCGAGAUGGCCUACAAAGGGCCGGCGUGUGGAACUCAUCAGAAGGUGUAAACUAUACGAGGUCUUACGGAGAUAACCAGAAACAGAUCGUAGAAAUUUUACAGAACAAAACGCUUGUAGUGACUACAAUUCUGAGCGCUCCAUACUGCAUGAGGAAGGAAGCGAGCGAAAAACUGACCGGCAACGCGCAGUUCGAAGGGUACGCCAUCGAUCUUAUUCACGAGAUAUCCAAAGUUCUCGGCUUCAAUUACACAUUCAAACUCGCCCCUGACGGUCGAUACGGGUCACAUAACCGGGAGACCAAGGAGUGGGAUGGGAUGAUACGGGAACUGUUGGAACAACGAGCCGAUUUGGCGAUUGCCGAUCUCACUAUAACGUACGACAGAGAGCAAGUAGUAGACUUCACGAUGCCCUUCAUGAACCUCGGAAUAUCGGUCCUGUACCGCAAGCCGAUAAAGCAGCCACCGAACCUCUUUUCCUUCCUAUCGCCACUAUCACUAGACGUCUGGAUAUACAUGGCUACUGCGUAUUUAGGAGUCUCCGUUCUCCUCUUUAUACUGGCAAGGUUUACCCCGUACGAAUGGCACCAAUCUCGCACGGCAGACGGCGAAAAAAUGGAGAAUAUAUUUUCACUAGCAAAUUGUUUAUGGUUUGCGAUCGGAUCGCUCAUGCAACAGAGCUGUGACUUUUUGCCCAAGUUCAGCCCGUACGAGUGGGACAGUCCCCGGAACUGUGUUGACGAGCCGCCGGUGUUGGAGAAUCAGUUCACACUGUUGAACUCGCUAUGGUUCACCAUUGGAUCUUUGAUGCAGCAAGGUUCGGAUAUCGCACCGAAAGCCGUAUCAACACGGAUGGUAGCAGGGAUGUGGUGGUUCUUUACGUUAAUUAUGAUAUCAUCAUACACUGCAAACUUAGCCGCUUUUCUAACCGUUGAGCGAAUGGACUCUCCGAUCGAAAGUGCUGAAGAUCUAGCGAAACAAACUAAAAUUAAGUAUGGUGCUUUGAAAGGUGGAUCUACAGCGGCCUUUUUCCGUGACUCAAACUUCUCAACGUACCAAAGAAUGUGGUCAUUUAUGGAAUCGGCCAGACCCUCGGUGUUUACGAGCAGCAAUAAGGAGGGUGAAGAAAGAGUUAUGAGAGGAAAGGGAGCAUAUGCGUAUCUUAUGGAGUCGACUACGAUUGAAUAUGUUGUUGAGAGAAACUGCGAUUUGACACAAGUUGGUGGAAUGCUGGAUUCUAAGGGAUAUGGAAUAGCUAUGCCCCCAAAUUCACCAUACCGUACCGCUAUAAGUGGUGCUGUUUUAAAGCUGCAAGAAGAAGGGAAACUGCACAUAUUGAAGACAAAGUGGUGGAAAGAGAAGCGUGGAGGCGGCUCAUGCCGAGAUGAAACAUCAAAAUCAUCAUCAACAGCUAAUGAGUUGGGCUUGGCUAACGUCGGUGGAGUAUUUGUUGUGCUCAUGGGCGGAAUGGGCGUAGCGUGUGUAAUUGCCGUCUGUGAGUUUGUCUGGAAGUCGCGAAAAGUAGCGGUCGAUGAAAGAGCGUCACUGUGCUCAGAGAUGGCGUCCGAACUGCGGUCUGCUUUGAAGUGCCCGAGUGGGGGAAGUGGUGGGGGUAGCGGGCCACGUGAAGGUGCAGAUUCCCCCUACUUGCACUAUGGAUUCAGUACUAAGAGCCAGCUGCACUAG